UGGCCCGUUAGAGGCUGCUCGGUCCGGGGAACGCGAGCGACCGUCCGGGGCCAUGAGGCAGCUCGCCGCCGGCUCCCUUCUCUCACUCCUGAGGGUGCUGCUCUUGCCUCUGGCACCGACCCCAGCCCAGGAUGCCAUUUCGACCUCCACUCCGGGCAGCCCCCUCUCUGCCACCGAGUAUGAGCGCUUCUUCGCACUGCUGACCCCAACCUGGAAGGCAGAGACCACCUGCCGGCUCCGCGCAACCCACGGCUGCCGGAACCCCACCCUCGUCCAGCUGGACCAGUAUGAAAACCACGGCCUAGUGCCGGAUGGCGCUGUCUGCUCUGACCUCCCUUAUGCCUCCUGGUUUGAGUCCUUUUGCCAGUUCACUCAGUACCGUUGCUCCAACCACGUCUACUACGCCAAGAGGGUCCGGUGCUCCCAGCCAGUCUCAAUCCUCUCACCGAACACUCUCAAGGAGGUGGACACUCCCUCUGAAGUGCCGCUCACCACCACGAUGACCUCCCCCAUGUCCUCCCACAUCACAGCCACAGAGCGACAGGUCUUGCAGCCCUGGCCCGAAAGGCUUAACAGCAAUGUGGAGGAGCUGCUACAAUCCUCCUUGUCCCUGGGCGGCCAGGAUCAAGGGCAGGAGCAUAAGCAGGAGGAAGGGCAGGAGCAAGAGGAGCAGGAGGAAGAGCAGGAGGAGGAGGGGAAGCAGGAGGAAGGACAGGGCACGGCGCAGGCGCUGGAGGCCAUGUCUGCGCUGCAGGCGGACCCAGCGCCCAAGUUCCAGGCUGAAUUUGUCUCCUCCAACCCUUUCUCCUUCACUCCCCGGGUGCGGGAAGUGGAGUCCACCCCCACGCGGAUGGAGAAUAUCCAGGAGCUCAUCCGGUCCGCGCAGGAAAUGGAUGAAAUGAGUGAUACAUAUGAGGAGGAGAACAUCUGGAAAGCCCAAAGCCCCGGAAGCCUCCUGCAGCUGCCCCACGUGGAGGCCUUGCUGGCACUGUGCUACUCAAUUGUGGAGAACACCUGUGUCAUAACCCCUACAGCCAAGGCCUGGCAGCACUUGGAGAAUGAGAUCCUUGGUUUCGGGAAGUCGGUCUGUGACAGCCUUGGGCGGCGACACAUAGCUACGUGUACCCUCUGUGACUUCUGUUCCCUGAAGCUGGAGCAGUGCCACUCUGAGGCCAACCUUCAGCGGCAGCAGUGUGACAACUCCCACAAGACGCCCUUUGUCAGCCCCCUGCUCGCGUCCCAGAGCAUGUCCAUCGGCACCCAGAUAGGGACCCUAAAAUCGGGCCGCUUUUACGGGCUGGAUUUGUACGGCGGGCUGCGCAUGGACUUCUGGUGUGCCCGGCUGGCCACCAAGGGCUGCGAAGACAAUCGCGUCGCCAGCUGGCUCCAGACUGAGUUCCUCAGCUUCCAGGAUGGGGACUUCCCUACCAAGAUUUGUGACACGGAAUAUGUGCAGUACCCGAACUACUGUGCCUUCAAAAGCCAGCAGUGUAUGAUGAGAAACCAGAACCAGAAGGUGUCCCGUAUGAGAUGUCUGCAGAAUGAGACGUACACCAUCCUGAGCCAGGCCAAGAGCGAGGACCUCGUGCUUCGAUGGAGCCAGGAGUUUAGCACCUUGACUCUCAGCCAAGCUGGAUGAGCUGGACUCUGUCCUCUCCCCACCCCAGCCCCUCCUCCCCACACCCUCCAUUGCUUUCAGACCCCAGGUUGUCUCUUACUUGGCCCCGACUCACGUUUCCCUUGGGUUGGGGCAGCCGUCUCCAAGAGGUCCA